AAUCAGAAUAUCAGAAUUAAAACUGAAUUCAAUCAUAAUACGAAACACAACAAAUGAUAAAUAUAAUAUACUUAAUUUAUACUAAAUAUUACAUAUAUAUAAGCCGUGAGUUAUCAUGAUGUCAACAAGGUCAUUCAUUGUUUACCAUAAAUUACAACAGAAGGUGUCUGUAAAUUGGCACAAACAGCAGCUGGAAACCAGGUUUCGACGUGCGACAUACUGACAGUGCGCUCCAUUAUUUUAUGGUUGACGAGUUUUAAAGUAGCAUUGACUCACAGGAAAAACGCCAGCCUGGAAGCAACCACUUUUGUAUUUCACACGCCUGCUGCUCGCUCUGGGGAAGGUUAAGGGUCGUGUAAUCAUUAAUACGCAGAGUUUCAACACCUGGAAGUUAAGUUAUUCAAACCCAUGUAGACUCACACUUGCUACCAAAGGAAUACACGCCUCUGCAUUUUUAUAGUGGCACUGCCACGUAUAGUGUCAUUGUCAACAUUUUUUAACGUACAGUGCCUGUGGUUUUUGCUCGUGAUUUCUCUGUCUUCCUCUUCUGAGGUAAGACUUUCUUAAACUAUUUAUUACUUUGGCUGUUUUUUUUUAUGUGUAACUUCACGAAGGGUCACUUUUACACCAGUACAGUGAGGUAUGAGAAGAGCUACAGUGUAGUCAGCAUCGGAGCUGCAGGCGCAAUUACUCACACGCUGUGUACAGGCUGCAACUUGUGAAAUAUGCACACACCUCUAUAGGGUUUUUUUCUCCACUCAAUACAUUAUGUUAGGUAGGAAUUCACCCCUCAGCCUGCUCAGAAGUACAGUAGCCAGUAACUAGCUGCAUGUGAGAAUGAGGACACCGUACCAGAGGUAACAAGUUUAAUACAGACUUCCUACAACUAAGAUGGCCGCGUUUGACAACAAGACCAACCUGACCAACGUCAGCGCCCUUUCCUGUAAAUUCAAUGAAGACUUCAAGUACAUCCUCCUUCCUGUCAGCUACUCUCUGGUCUUCGUGGUGGGCCUGGCGCUCAACGCCACGGCGCUGUACGUGAUAGUGUUCCGCACCAAGCGCUGGAAGCCCUCCACCGUCUACAUGUUCAACCUGACCGUGUGCGACCUGCUCUACGUCUUUUCGCUGCCCUUCCUCGUCUACUACUACGCGGACGGGAACGACUGGCCCUUCAGCGAAGCGCUCUGCAAGCUCAUACGCUACCUGUUCUACGCGAAUCUAUACGCUUCCAUCCUGUUCCUGUGCUGCAUCAGUCUCCAUCGAUUCGUGGGCAUCUGCUACCCGAUCCACUCGGUCUACUGGGUCACGGGUCGACGGGCCCGGCAGGUGUCUGUGGCCGUGUGGGCCUGUGUUUUAUUCUGCCAGGCUCCUGUUCUCUACUUCUCAAGAACAAGGGAUGACACCACGAACCACAGGAUCUGCUACGACACCACCAGCGCCGAGCAUUUCGAAGACUUCCUGGUGUACAGCUCACUUGUGUCCGUGCUGCUGUUUGCCGUGCCCUUUGUGGUGGUGAUGGUGUGCUAUGGCCUCAUGGUGCAGACGCUUCUGGAGCCCGGCUGGGCGUCCGAAGGGGCCGGGGGAAACGCGACGGCCCAACGGGCCCGGCAGAAGUCGGUGAAGAUGAUAAUCAUUGUGCUGGCAGCGUUCAUGCUCUGUUUCCUCCCUUUCCACGUCACCAGGAGUCUUUAUUACUAUUUCAGACACCUAAGGAAGGUCAAUCCGACACAGGUUAGCUGUAAAUUCCUGGAGGCCUCCAGCGUCGCCUACAAGGUGACGCGACCUCUGGCCAGUCUCAACAGCUGCUUGGACCCCAUCCUUUACUUCCUGGCUGGACAGGACGUUUGUAGUAACCUCAAAAAGAAGAGCAAGGCAUCUGCAUCCGAACCCAAGGAAGCACAAACCCAAAGUGUGAGUCAGCGCUUGACAACUCCACUCUGAUUUCACACAUUUCUUAUUGUUUCUCUUCUUUUAGUAUCUGUAAAUAUAGAAUAAAAAAGUGGGCUGUCUUUGGUUUAUGUUUAAUAUUCAGCCAGACCAUUGUUUUUUUGUCUUUUUUUUUGCCGGAGUAGUUUAGUAGAGACACAAAUGACAGAGUUUGACCAUAUGGUUGUUCUGAUAUCACUUAGAAGACAAAGCGUUUUAGUUGUAACAGUUACUGGUGGUGUUUGAACUAAGUAACAUUAUUUAUUACAAUAUGAUGUACAACAUCACCACUAGAGGGUGACACUGCCUAAAAAAACUGAAGGACUACUGCUACUGUGCUUUUUUCCAGAAAUUUUCUGUAUGAUACGCACACACCAGUGUCCAACCCCAAAAACACAUGCAAACACAAACUCACAACACACCAGCAAAUGACACAGUCCUUAAAAUAUACCUUCUCUUUAUUUGGAGAGUAAAACAUCAUACAGAAAAAUGUAAAGAUUAUAAAUGUCAUUUACAGAGUGGAUGAGAUGAAUGUAUCUUUAAACGUUUCCUCCUCGUGUAACAACAGCACUUCAGUUUAAAAACAUUUAAUGUUGUAGUAAUAAAAAAAUCCAUGGAAAUGUGCAACUGGUCCAACCAAUAAAUAUCCAGUCCCCCAGACAAACAUUAUAUUCCUCAUAACAUCAGGAUAAGAAAAUAUGAAGACUAAUAGCUAAACAGCUCUAUGAUGAAAGUACACCUGAGGGUGAAAACUAAAACCAACUGAGCAGCAUCAACCACUCACCCUCUGCUGGUCGAGGUUAUUAUUUAGAGUAUAAAAAUGCCCGUGUGUGUACUUAAAGUGAUGGAGGCGGUGUUACUGUGUCUGGAUCUGUCCAGUGCAUGUGUGUGUGAAUGUACAGGUAAGAAAGUCUUGCAAUAAAAUGAUGUGUAUAGUUAAAUAUCAUGUGGAUCCCACAUGCAAGCGUGAAAAGGACUGACCUACAGCACAUGUGGUCGACCUUGCUGCAACGUUCCAGGCGUUUCCAAGCAGCACCCCUGU